UGUCUAUACCACCAAGAAUCACUUCUUUCAGCUGCUAUUCAAAAUCUUACGCAACUAGAAAAACUGGACUUGUCGAAUAAUAACUUGACUGGAGGAGUGCCAGAGUUUCUCGGCAACAUGAAAUCCUUGAUGGUCAUAAACUUAAGCGGGAACAAUCUUAAUGGCUCAAUUCCUCAAGCUCUACAAAAGAAAGGACUAGAGCUAUUCCUUGAAGGAAACCCCAUGCUUUGUCUCUCUAAUGCAUGUAGAAAACGAUCUAAGAAGAACGUUCUUAUGCCAAUUGUUGCAUCAGUUGCUUCUGUGGCCGUGGUCAUUGCUAUAUUGGUUUUUUUCUUUGUACUAAGAAAGAAAAAAUCAAAAACUGUAAAAGGUACACGUACGGUGAAUGAUACAUUUGCUAAUAAGAAAAGCAAAAGGUUCACAUAUUCAGAGGUCAUCAAAAUGACAAAUAAUUUUCAAAGAGUUAUAGGCAAAGGAGGUUCCGGUAUGGUGUAUCAAGGUACUGUAAAUGGUUCCGAUGUGGCUGUUAAACUGCUCUCUCAAACUUCAACUCAAGGCUAUGAACAAUUCAAAACAGAGGUUGAUCUUCUUGUGAGAGUUCACCAUACAAAUUUGGUGAGCCUCGUCGGGUAUUGUUAUGAAGGAGAUCAUUUAGCCCUCAUUUACGAGUUUCUGUCCAAUGGAGACUUAAAACAACAUUUGUCCGGAAAAGGAGGUAGAUCGAUCAUCAACUGGAGUACUCGUCUACGAAUAGCUUUGGAGACAGCACUAGGAUUGGAGUACUUACAUAUUGGAUGCACACCACCGAUGGUUCAUAGAGAUGUCAAAACUGCCAACAUAUUGCUCGAUGAGAAUUUCAAGGCUAAACUUGCUGAUUUUGGGAUCUCAAGAUCUUUCGGUGGAAGCGAAUCUCAAGAAUUCACGGAAGUUGCUGGUACUCAUGGAUACAUUGAUCCCGAGUAUUACCGUACAAACCGGUUGGCUGAGAAGAGUGAUGUAUAUAGUUACGGGGUCGUGUUACUGGAGAUGAUCACAAACAAACCUGUGAUCUCUGAAGAGUAUCACGUAGCUGAAUGGGUUGGCACUAAGCUUAACCAAUGUGAUAUAACUGAGAUCAUGGAUCCAAACCUUUGUGGGGUUUAUGACCAUAAUUCUGCAUGGAGAGCUCUUGACCUGGCAGUGUCAUGCACUGAUACUUCUUCCUCGAAACGACCAAUCAUGUCUCAGGUUAUCAACGAGCUAAAAGAAUGUAUUGCGUGUGAAAGCUCGAGGAUGAAUAAUAAUCCAGGCUUGGAAUCUCAAGAAACGAACCUUAGCUUGGAUACUUCGGUAGUUCCUCGGGCAAGAUAGUUUGAGUGUUGUAUAUCUGUAGUACCAAUAUAGACUCAACUAAUAAAAUUCUAAUUUACAUAUUUAGCCAAAUUCGUAAAAUUUUGAGGUGAAUAUGGU